AUGGACUACAACCCCGCAGAGCACGAUGAGGUCGUGUCUCAGUUCUGCAACAUGACAGGCACAAAACCCCCAGAGGCCAUAGAUUAUCUCUCUGCGAACGCAUGGGAUGUUGAAGCCGCAGUAACUGAAUACUUCGCAGACCAGGACGAAGCUUUACAGGAAACGAGCACAGUUGGAGGGCAGAAAUUAGACACAGAGCAGACUUCUUCUGGCAGUGGUCGGACUCUGAGUGGAGAGCCCGUCUCAGCUUCGUCGUCCGCAGCUCCUCAAGCCUCUUCGUCUAGUCGACGCAGUGCCCCGAAGAAGAAAUUCGCUACACUUGGCGACUUUGCGACAGCAAGUGGCGGUGACUCUUCUUCGGAAGAUGGCUCGGAAGACCAGGACUUCUUCGCAGGUGGUGAGAAGUCAGGCCUGGCGGUGCAGAACCCUGACGAUUUGAAGCGAAAGAUCUUGGAAAAGGCACGCAGAGCGCAACCUCCCUCCUCAGAUGAGCCUCAGUCUCGACCUUCUUACUUCACUGGAACCGCCCGAACUCUUGGUGGCGACGAUGCUCCGAGCCGGGUGAUUGAGGCCCCGUCCGAGCCUCAAUCACAGCGCCCUCAGCGCGUUCACCGCACUCUUCACUUUUGGGCCGAUGGAUUCUCCGUCGACGACGGAGAGCUCUAUCGCACCGACGACCCCCGAAACGCCGAAAUCUUGGAGGGUAUCCGUCAGGGUCGCGCCCCUCUCACAAUCAUGAACGUGCAAGCUGGACAGGAAGUGGAUGUCGAGCUGAAGCAACACGAAGAGAAAUAUGUGAAGCCCAAGCCCAAGUACAAGCCCUUCUCAGGCGUCGGUCAGCGCCUGGGGAGCCCCACGCCCGGUGUCCAGAGUACACAGCCACCCGCUGCAACAUCGGCUGCCGCUACUCCUUCCCAAGCCUCGGCGUCAGAGGUCGUCAAGCCUCAAGUGGAUGAAUCGCAACCUACCGUCACCUUGCAGAUUCGGUUGGGAGAUGGUACUCGACUGAGCUCCCGCUUCAAUACCACUGCCACCAUCGGAGAUGUUUACGAGUUUGUCGCCGCUGCCAGCGCUGACGCUCGUGGCCGUGGGUGGGUGUUGAUGACUACUUUCCCGAGCAAGGAAUUGAGCGAUCGGAACGUCGCUCUUGCUGAUCUGCCGGACUUUAAGCGAGGCGGCGUGGUAGUCCAGAAAUGGACUUGA